AUUCAUUUGGUUCCCAAUCUCAUUCUCUUUCAUUUUGUUUGGACUGGUAUCGGUAAAGUUAGUUGUUUCUUCGUCGUGGAUCCGUUCAGAUCUCAUUCAAUCCAACCAUCGAUGUGUCUGCAUUUCAUUUUGACGAUGCAUUGCUGAACCUCAACCUGCGCUUCUUCUAAUCCAGUUAUCCCUCUUCCGUACACUCCACACUCUCGUCAACAAUGGCGGAUGUUGCCGGAGUCACAGUGAGUCCCUCUAUUGGCGAAACCAGCGAUGCACAAAAGAAUGUGUUUGAUUUGGGAGCAUUUGUUGGUGACCUAGCUUUGGAAGAGGAUCCGAGCAGCGAUGAUAUAUCGUUGGAAGGACUAGAGCAGGAACUGGAAGAGUGUAAGAACAAUGAUGUUGUUGCUAAUAUACUUUCUAAAGGUACCAAACUUAGGGACUACACGAAAGGAGUAGAGAACGAUUUACGUAAAGUUGAAUUGGAUUCAAUUCAGGAUUAUAUCAAAGAAAGUGAUAAUCUAGUCUCUCUUCAUGAUCAAAUUCGUGAUUGUGAUAGUAUUUUGUCACAGAUGGAAACUCUUCUAAGUGGAUUUCAGGCUGAAAUUGGUUCCAUUAGUUCGGACAUAAGGAUACUCCAGGAGAAAUCCAUGGAUAUGAGUUUAAGACUUAAGAAUCGCAAGGUGGCUGAAUCCAAAUUAGCUAAGUUUGUGGAGGACAUAAUAGUGCCUCCAAGGAUGGUUGAUAUUCUUGUUGAUGGAGAGGUCAAUGAAGAAUAUAUGAGAACACUAGAGAUUCUCAGUAAAAAACUGAAGUUUAUAGAAGUCGAUCCAUUGGUUAAAGCUUCAAAAGCUCUAAAAGAUGUUCAACCUGAGCUUGAGAAGCUCAGGCAGAAAGCAGUUUCAAAGGUGUUUGAUUUCAUUGUUCAGAAACUUUAUGCACUGAGAAAACCCAAAACCAAUAUCCAAAUACUUCAACAAAAUGUCCUUUUAAAGUACAAGUAUGUUGUUACCUUCCUCAAGGAACACGGAAAGGAAAUAUAUAAUGAAGUUCGUGCUGCGUACAUUGAUACAAUGAAUAAGGUUCUUAGUGCUCAUUUUCGUGCUUAUAUACAAGCAUUGGAGAAAUUGCAAUUGGAUAUAGCAACAUAUAAUGAUUUAAUUGGUGUAGAGACAAGAAGCAGUGGUCUAUUCACAAGAGCAAGGGAACCGCUGAAGAAUCGAUCUGCGGUAUUUGCACUUGGGGAUAGGAUUAAUAUAUUGAAGGAAAUUGAUGAACCUGCAUUAAUACCUCAUAUAGCUGAAGCAAGCUCCAUUAAAUACCCAUAUGAGCAACUGUUCAGGAGCUUGCAGAAACUGCUUAUGGAUACUGCUACUUCAGAAUAUAAUUUCUGUGAUGAUUUCUUUGGAGAAGAAUCUAUAUUUUAUGAAAUUUUUUCAGGUCCAUUUGGUGUCAUUGAUGAGCACUUCAAUUCAGUACUUCCAAAUUGUUAUGAUGCUAUUGGCCUCAUGCUUAUGAUUCAAAUAAUACACAAGCAUCAGCUCAUCAUGUCUCGGAGACGGAUUCCAUGCCUGGAUUCAUAUUUAGACAAGGUCAAUAUAUCCUUGUGGCCUAGAUUUAAAUUGGUAUUUGACAUGCACCUCACCAGCUUGCGUAAUGCAAAUGUGAAGACAUUAUGGGAAGACGAUGUUCAUCCUCACUAUGUCAUGAGGCGAUAUGCUGAGUUUACUGCUUCUCUUAUCCACUUAAACACUGAACGUGGAGAUGGUCAGCUUGAUUUGAAUUUGGAACGACUAAGAAUGGCUGUUGAUGACUUACUUAUCAAGCUUGCGAAGAACUUCCCGAAACAAAAAUUACAAACAGUUUUUCUUAUAAACAACUAUGAUAUGACAAUUACAGUUUUGAAGGAAGCAGGACCUGAAGGUGGAAAGAUUCAAAUGCACUUUGAAGAACUACUGAAGAGCAAUACAACAAUAUUUGUGGAAGAACUGCUUCAAGAACAUUUUAAUGGUUUGAUUAAAUUUGUAAAGUCUAAAGCUUCCGAGGACCCAACAGCAAGUCCAGAUAAACCUAUAACUGUCGCCGAAGUCGAGCCCCUAGUGAAGGAUUUUGCGAGUAGGUGGAAGGCUGCAAUCGAGCUGAUGCAUAAAGACGUUAUUACUUCUUUCAGCAACUUCUUGUGCGGUAUGGAGAUCUUAAGAGCUGCGUUGACUCAAUUGUUGCUCUAUUACACAAGACUCUCGGAUUGCAUUAAGAGGAUCGUCGGUGGAUCUGCAUUGAACAAGGAUCUUGUUUCCAUAUCUUCAAUCAUGUAUGAAAUUAGGAAAUACUCGCGGACUUUCUAAUCUCUUCAGGAUGUCAUUGUUAUGUACUGGGUCUAAAUCACAAUCAAUGAUAUUCCAUUUUAUAUUAUGCAAAAAGAAAAACAAAACAUUUUUGUAUCCUGUCAAUGAAAGAUAGCUUUGCUUCUUUCGGAACGCCCAAAUAAGGGCACUUUUUGGUGCAAUCUAUUUGGGAAUUACAGAAGUACAGAUAAUAUAGGUUCAAACCUCACCAUUGUUGUAUAAUGGCAAACGCAUCAGUUGUUCAUGUGUGGUUUUUUACACUCAGUAAAUUCUUGUAGAUUUUUUAUCAAA